AUGGUGGUGGCCGGGACGACGUGUCCGGAGCCGAUGGGGGCCACGUCGAACGGGUCGUGGCAGGGCGACAACCCGCUGGACUCCGCGCUGCCGCUCGCCAUCCUCCAGAUCUGCCUGGUGAUCGCCCUCACCAGGUUCCUGGCCUUCGUCCUCCACCCUCUCCGUCAGCCGCGUGUUGUCGCCGAGAUCAUCGGAGGUGUUUUGCUGGGCCCGUCGGCGAUAGGCCGCAGCGAGCGGUUCCUCAAAAUGGUGUUCCCGAAGCAGAGCUUGACGGUGCUCGACACGCUCGCCAGCGUCGGGCUCAUCUUCUUCCUCUUCCUGGUGGGGAUGGAGCUUGACCUCCGCGCCAUCCGCCGCACGGGACAACGCGCCCUGGCCAUCGCCAUCGCCGGCAUCUCCCUUCCCUUCGUCAUGGGCAUCGGCACCUCCGUCGUCCUCCGCCACACCGUCGCCAAGGGCGUCCCCGAGGCCCCCUUCCUCGUCUUCAUGGGCGUCGCCCUCUCCAUCACCGCCUUCCCCGUCCUCGCCCGCAUCCUCGCGGAGCUUAAGCUCCUCACCACCGACCUCGGCCGGAUGGCCAUGUCUGCCGCCGCCGUUAACGACAUCGCCGCCUGGAUCCUCCUCGCCCUUGCCAUCGCCCUUUCUGGCUCCGGCUCCCCCCUUGUAUCCCUCUGGGUCCUCCUCAGCGGCGUCGGCUUCGUCGCCUUCGUUGCCAUAUUCGUCCGCCCCGUCCUCGACUGGAUGGCCCGCCGCUCCCCGGAGGGCGAGCCCGUCAAUGAGAUGUUCAUCUGCGCCACCCUCGCUACCGUCCUCGCCGCAGGCUUCGUCACCGAUACCAUUGGCAUCCACGCACUUUUCGGCGCUUUCAUCGUUGGCGUCGUCGUGCCCAAGGACGGGCCCUUCGCCGGGGUCCUCAUCGAGAAGAUCGAGGACCUCAUCUCGGGGCUCUUCCUCCCGCUCUACUUCGUCUCCAGUGGCCUCAAGACGAACGUGGCCACCAUCAGCGGCGGUGAGUCCUGGGCUCUCCUUGCCCUCGUCAUUUGCACCGCAUGCCUCGGCAAGAUCUGUGGCACCGUCAUCGUCUCGCUUCUUGUCAAGGUCCCGGCACGGGAGGCCAUCGCGCUGGGCUUCCUCAUGAACACCAAAGGGCUCGUCGAGCUCAUUGUUCUCAACAUCGGCAAGGACCGCAAGGUGCUCAACGACGAAACGUUCGCCAUCCUGGUGCUCAUGGCUCUCGUCACCACCUUCCUCACUACGCCCAUAGUGAUGGCCAUAUACAAGCCCGCGCGGCGGUCCGCGCCCUACAAGCACCGCACCAUUCAGCGCAAUGACACCGACAGCGAACUUCGCGUGCUGGCCUGCUUCCACGGCAGCCGGAACAUCCCCACCAUGAUCAACCUGAUCGAGUCCUCUCGUGGCAUCCGGCGACGCGGCAUCACUGUCUACGCCAUGCACCUCAUGGAGCUGUCGGAGCGGUCCUCCGCCAUCUUCAUGGUCCACAAGGCCCGCCUGAAUGGCCUUCCCUUCUGGAACAGGAAGGGGGACUCCGAUAACGGUGCAGACCAUCUCGUGAUCGCCUUCCAGGCCUACCAGCAGCUCAGCAACGUCUCCGUCCGCCCAAUGAUCGCCAUUUCCGACCUCGAAACCAUGCACGAGGACAUCAUAACCAGCGCCGAUCAGAAGCGAGCUGCAUUCAUCCUCCUUCCUUUCCACAAGCUCCAGCAGAUCGAUGGCUCCAUGGAGUCGACAGGCCACGCCUAUCAUCUCAUCAACCGGCGCGUCCUCCGCCGUGCCCCGUGCUCCGUCGGCGUCCUCGUGGACCGCGGACUAGGUGGCACGGCGCAGGUUGUGGCCAGCGAAGUGUCCUAUACCGUGGCGACCCUCUUCUUCGGCGGAAGGGAUGACCGGGAGGCCCUCGCCUACUCGGCUCGCAUGGCGGAGCACCCAGGAAUCCAGCUCAUCGUGGUACGGUUCAUUCCUCCUCAAACAGGCAACUGGUUUCUCGAGAGGAGCCGCGGCGGAGGAGGAAGCGUGUCCAUAAUCGUAGAUGCCAACGAGAUCUCCGCCGACGAUGCCUGCAUCACCGAGUUCCGGGACAAGGUGUUAGCGUCCAACGAAUCCAUCAGGUACGACGACAAGGUGAUGGGAAGCAGGGUAGAGAUCAUCGCCGCCAUCAAGUCAAUCGGGCGGUGUAAUCUCUUCCUGGUGGGUCAGGCGCCUCCUAUCAUGGUCCUCUCUGAGAAGGCCGACAGCCCCGAGUUGGGGCCCGUGGGAAGCUAUCUGGCAUCGUCCGAGUUCUCGACGACAACGUCGGUGUUGGUGAUCAAGCAGCACGAUCCGACGGCAGACCCACCCGACCCGGAGAACGACGGGACGGAGAUCUAUGACGAGCCCGAUACACCCACAACUGACCUCUCUCGCCAUUAG